AUGGUUCGAAGGACGCAAAGGGCCAACCCACCCGAGGAUGUGACUGACCAUCGUUUUUUACAAUUUCCGCAAACGCUGAACAAUGCUACCCGGGCGCGUUAUGUCACAAACUUGAGCUUGCUUCUCACCAAAGAAAUUGAUAUAGCACCAUCAUUCGAUUGGGAAUUGGCUACCAGGACUGGACUAGCUGCAUUGAUCCAGGGAUUUUUGCAAUACACGCACUGGGAUGCGAGUGGUGUGGACUUGAAGGCACUCGAUGCCAGGACAGCUUUUGCCUUCAGACUAGGUGGAGUGAGCUGCGAAUGCAACGUGAUGGAGCUUGCGACUCAGGUGGGUAUUUACACAGCUGAUGAGACGAGGAGUGUCCACUUCCUGUUAUUCCUUGUUGAUUGUCUUACGGAGCGGCCAGAUGACUAUAACAAGAACACUUUUUGGGCCGAGAUUACAGGGGCGGUUUAUACACCAUCUACCGCGUGA